CCCGACGCCAAGUGGCACAGCAGCUUGCCGUCCAGUUUCCUGCCGCAUUCUACCUUCCAGGUCGCCUCAAGGACGGGUACUGUUAGCUUGUUGACACAAGACACAGCGCCGUCCGACGCGCCGGAUGAACAGGGUCGAGCGGAUCUGCCCACGACCCUCUCCAAGUACGAGAGGAAGCUCAAGAAGUUUUUCGGCCAGUGGCACGCAUCCCUAGUCAAGCAGGGCAUACCAGAGCACCUCGUCUGCACGAUUGCCAAGCGUUGUGUCCAGAUCAACGACGAAGAGGGCGCUCCGGGGACGGACAGCCACACGAGUCGCGCCCCUCAGACCAAUGACGAGCUCGUUGUGAUACAGCUGGGCGCGGGUGGGCGAGCAUCGAAGCAGGGACUUGGCGGGGAUCACAAACCAGCCACUCUGGUGGAGGCCCUCCGGGCCAAGCUCAGCCACGGCGGACGUAAGAGUCAUCAUUACGAGGAGGGAGGCAAAUCAUUCGAUACACUAGCCGUUGCCAGACGGCUGCAAGAAAGGGACUUUGGGGGCAGGCUGUCCUCGCAAGAGAUCUGCGUCAUAGGUAUGGCGGUCCUACACGAGGUAUUCGGCAGCCGAGGUCAGAGACGCCUCGCCGAUGCACUGAUGCACCUUUACGGCCGCCACCCGCGACAGCAUCUCGCCGACCUCGACCGGAACGCAGGCAGGGUGGCAGACGAGAUCCGCAAGCAAGGCCCGGUGACACUAUCCAACUUCACCCGACGUUGGGCCCAGGCCGUCCAGCACGAAGGCCCUAACAUGUCGACGAUUGAUGACAUUCGACUGAUUGACAUGAAGGUGUCACUUGUCCGUGAAUGGGACCGCUGGUCGAGCCCGGCCGCGACAGAGUCAAAUGGAGACAUCGAAGACUUCCUCGCCAGGAACGGGAUAGGCGCCAACACGGGCUUGGCACUCGCGACGAGGAUAUCAAAGUAUCUCAGCAGGAAGCUCGGCCUUCCUGAAGGCGCCUUGCCCAAGAAGAUCUAUGCCUGGCGACCGCUGACCGUGAUGGCAGACGUCUUUGGAGCCGGCAGUUAUGUCUUCGUCUCUCGGAGCCUCUUCACCUGCUACAACAAGAUUCGUCCGACCGAUGGCAUUAAAAAGGAGGAUAAGUUCCGUGUGAUGGCGCUUGCUGUUGCAGACGAGCUUCCAGACCUUUUGGAGAUC